AUGCCUUCUUACACAUACAUCAACCUCGACUCGUGCUUUGCUACUGGCAUCGUACUCGUUGUUCUUUCUGUACUAACGGUUGUCUUGAGACUAUUCCUGCGAUGGAGGUCUUCAAACAAGCUGAGAGACGUCAUCUGGAGCAAGCAUAUUGAUGAUCUCUUCUGCGUUCUUGCACUUCCACCAACAAUCGGUGUCGCAAUAGUGAUGAUCUAUGGGUCUAGUAAAGGCGUCUUCGGUGGUCACAAUGAUCCUACUCACAUUGAGGGAUGGAUCUUCAGCACUACACCAACCCUGGUAAUUUUGGAGAAGAUGGUGUACAUCAUCUUCAUCAUGCAGCCGCUAGCUCUUGGCUUCAUCAAGCUAGCUUUCCUGUUCUUCUACCGACGUAUCUUUGUGUUCCGCUCGUUCCAGAUAACCUCGUUGAUCUUCGUGAUCCUCACAGUCAUGUGGAUGAUAGCCUUCUUCCUUGGCUUCAUUUUCGACUGUCGUCUGAACUUCUCUGCCAACUGGGGAUCGCUUGCUAGCAUUGGCGAAAACUGCCCCUUUGGAUUUGAGGCGACGAUUGCCUUCACAAUCACGGAUGCUAUCUUUGAUUUGUGUAUUCUGGUGCUCCCAUUGCCCUGGAUCUGGAAGCUCCAAAUGCCCAACACCCGCAAAGUUCAGUUAUGCGGUGUGUUCCUGCUCGGAGGCUUCGCCGUCGCAGCCGCCAUCAUUCGCAUGGUUAUUUGUAUCGAGCAAAACACGCCUAGCAAUGCUGUGGAUCAACAAUACAUCAUGGGCAUGCCCACUUGGGACAUCAUCGGCAUCACCUCCCACGGUCUCUACUGGACCGUAGUCGAGACCAACGUUGCCCUUAUCGCCUGCUGUCUCCCCACUCUUCGACCCAUCCUCAGCAUGGCAGCUUUCGGCACCGUCCUCGCUUCAUUUGGAUCCUUUCUCCAGGGUCUUGGGUCCAAGAUGGGCUCCAGCAAGGGAACUACGCAAAACUCUACCGGCUCAAGUGGCACCGGCAAGUUCAGCAAGUUCUCCGCUGCUUCCAAAAGCAGUGUAAGCAAGAAGAAGAAGCGCAACAACGACUCCCUCGACGAUACCGCCAGCGAUGUCAGCCUCGUUGAGUUGGAGAAGUCUAACGGUGUUCGGGUCGCGCACGGGGUGGCUGUCUCGCACGAAAAUUACAAUGCAUUUGACUUGGAGUUAGAGGAGAAGAAGUACUCGGGCAACGAUGCUCGUACAUCUGCCGUGUAA